GAAACGCUCCGUGGUUUGGUCUCUCCCUCCUUCAGACCAGCAGGUACCAGGAGCCGGGGACGAUCGAGGCGCACUCGGCCUCUCGGGAAGACGAAGGAAGCAGAAAUAUCUUGAAUCUGAAUCUGUGAGGACCGUGCGCGGAGCAGCGAUGGUUUGUGGAGGAUACAUCUGCACCAAGAACGCACUGUGCGCGCUCAACAUACUUUAUGUCUUGGUGAGUCUGCUGCUGAUCGGAGGGGCCGCCUGGGGGAAAUGGUUCGGCCUGGUCUCAAGCAUCAGGGUGGUGGCAGGCGUCAUUGGCGUGGGCAUCUUCCUGUUCCUGGUUGCCUUCGUGGGUCUGUGCGGCGCCCUGAAGCACCACCAGGUCCUGCUCUUCUUUUACAUGAUGAUUCUGUUCCUCGUGUUCGUGGUGCAGUUCGUGGUGUCCUGUGCUUGUCUGGCCCUGAAUAAAGACCAACAGAACCAUCUGCUGGAGAUCGGCUGGAACAAAUCCGAGGCCACUCAACUGGACGUGGAGAAAACACUCAACUGCUGCGGCUUCUCCAAAAUCAACUACAAUGGCACCUGUGCUGCUAUUUGCUUUAAAGACCCGUCACCAUCUUGUGAAACCUGCUCAAACAUCAUCCAGCGGUAUGCCGGAAAGGUGCUGCGGUUUGUGGGCGGUGUCGGGCUCUUCUUCAGCUUUACAGAGAUCUUCGGAGUUUGGCUCGCCCACAGAUACAGAAAUCUCAAAGAUCCCCGAUCAAACCCUGGAGCCUUUCUAUAGCCAAGCACAGAUUAAUAAAUUGCACUGCUGAAUAACUCUUUGUCCCCAUAAAUGACCUGUACAUCUGUUUAAUGUAAGGCAGAAAAAAAGAAAGUUUUAUGGAACUUUUCGGACAUUAUCUCUUCUCUUAAUCUUUGCUGCUCAAUUACUCUCUAAAUUAUGUAAGUUUUGAUGCUGAAAAUAAAUGUUGUGUCUUUAA